AUGGCCGCCGACGGCGAUGGUCAGCUGCCGAUCUCGAAGAUAUCAAUCUCCAGCCCCGCCCUCUCCUCCAUCAUCCAGAGUUUGGCGUCUGCCCCCGGCGACGUCGACGGCCUUCUCUUCGGCCGAGUCAGCCACCUCCUCGCUCCCGACCCCCGUGACGAAGACUCCUCUGCUGACUCCGGCGCGGCCUCCCACUCCUAUGUGGCCGCUACAGUUACUGGCCACCUCUGCCUCCCUUCGCCUUACUCUGGCCACCCCGAUGGUUCCUUGAUCGGGUGGUUUUCCGGCCGCCGUCGAUCCCCUCUACGCCCCUCAAUGAGGGAUCGUGCUGUCUCUCUCACCCUCUACGGAACCCUAGCCCACGUCAACGGCGCAGAAGACGCUCCGACUGGACCACCUAUUGGAUCUCCGGAUCUUCUCCAUCACCCUUCCGUUUUCCUCCUUUUGUCCUUCUCUGCCACCAGGAAUCAAGCAGUCCAUACCCACGAGGACAGGGCAUUCGUUCUCCAGACGUGCAGAGGAAUCCUCGAGACUAGAUCUCUACAUACUGUGAAUUUAGGCCCGGCAUUUAGGGCGCAGUAUGGUUCGUUCUCGUCGGAAUCUCCUUUGCCAUGGAUGCCCUGCCAAAGGGGAUUCGAGGAUGGAAACAAGAGAGAAGGAGAGAGCUCGAACCAUCUCGGGCAGUUUGCAAGGGAGCAGCAGAUGCUGGAAUUGUCUGCGGAAGACUUCUCUGUCGAAAGAUUGGGGAGGCUUGUAGGACCUGUGGCCUCGCAGUACACAUCGGAAUUGGAAGAUUUGUAUGGAAGGAGGCUUCUUAAACUAGAAAGUUUGGCAAGGCUCGUGGAGGAGAGUUCAGCUAAGAUUCUUGUGCAGGUUGUGUUCGUAUUCUCUUUUCAUAAACUUGAGCUCUUCUUUCAGGCAGGCUUCUCAGUUUGA